AGCUGUUGUUGCAUUCCUCUACACGUCGCUCUAGACCGAGGCCCCCGGCUUCUCUCUCAUUUUCUUUCUACUUUUAAUUUUAGGUUUGAAACUUGUGUCGGUGUGUCUGAAUGCAACAGAGGACUCGCAGCCUGGUCAGUGGAAGGGGAAUGUAUGCAGUCAGGACUGGGAUCACCACAAAAGGAGACGUUCUGGAAGUGACCGAUCUGCUCCUGCAGGAUGACAGAAGUGGCCAGUUCACUUUCAGUUAUGGACUCUGAGAUGAUGUUUAAGCCAGAGUCAGAUCAGAUGUGUCCAGGUCAGCCCAAGUCUGCACCCCUGGACCUGAUCGACACGGGGAAAGGACUGAAGGUCCAGGCUGACACGCCUCAUCUGGUUAGCCUGGGUAGUGGGAGGCUGAGUGUUGCUAUCACUGUGCUGCCUCUAAAAGAAGGAGUGACGCGUAUUGGAAGAGAGGAUGCCCGAAUUCCCCAGGAUAUCACAGUCCAGGGGCCUGGCAUUGAGGAAGAGCAUUGUCUUAUCAUCAAUGAAGGAGGGGUGGUGACCUUGGACCCCUGUGGUCACCUCUGCAGUCUGGAUGGAGUCCAAGUCUCGGUGCCAACACCACUAACCCAGGGAUAUUCCCUUUGUCUGGGUAAGUCCUAUUACUUCCGGUUUAACCAUCCUGCAGAGGCCAGCAGAAUGAAGAGUAUGCUUCCACAGAAGAGCCCAGUGUCAGCUUUAGCCUACAACACAGACUAUUUAAAGUUCAGCAGUGACUACAGCAAUGCAGUGGUGGGGGGCACCAGUAGUGCUAGGGGCAUGCGAUCGGCCUCUGAGCUUCGGGAUUUGAUGGACACUCUGCAACGUAAGAAGAUAGCCCUGGAAAACAGCCUGAGAGCCAAUGGGAAUGCUAACCCCUCCUACUUUAGCGUGACACAGUCUCCUCCCACAACACCUGUUUCAACUGCUGCUAAAUCUACGUCAGCCUAUCAGGAGCAAGCAAGGCGUUACUAUGGGUCUGACCGUCCACCUGUGUUGUUGAAAUCUCCUCCCCCGCUUUUGCCUGGACGACGAUCCGACCCGUCUUCUUCUCUGUCUUCAAGGACUUCAGUCAGUCGUAGUCAAGAUAACUGUGGACUCGCUGACGGGCAACGAUUGCAGAACCCUGGCUCCUCCCCUCUUCUGUCGACGUGGAAUGGUGGAGGUUCCUCCUCUUCUGUAGGAGGUAGUGAGAGCUUCCUUCUCUCUGUUCCCCCAUCCUCCUCAUCCCGCGCUCCAUCUGCAGGAGGUGCAGUCAGCAUGCCCUCGAGUCCUCGUCUAGGUCGACGUAGCUUUGGGAUCCAGGAACCCACACCCAGCAGUCGGACCAGGAAGUACUCUGCAGGGUCAAUGAGUAGCAUGACAGGAGGUCACAGUCGCUCUCUGCCACGUCUUUGCCCUUCCCCGUCCCCGCGCGGUGACAACAAUGGAACGCUGCCUUUGUCGAUGCUUCCUCCACGGCGAUCCGACGUUACUGGUGGUUACAAAUUUAUGAGAGACUCUUACAAUAAUAAUCAAAACGCCAGUUCUGAGCUCAACAACAGCUCCGGUAAAUCCUUUCUGCAGGUAUCCAACAGAACUCAAGUCCAGACCAGUGCUCUGGGAGAAGGAGUUGUGCACAUCUCUCUUUCCUCCUCUAAGAGCUCCUGCUCCACCAGCCAUUCCAUUUCAAACACAGCUGCCCCACCAGAUGUGACAAUCCCAUCUAAGGCAGGAGGCUCUUCUCCUCGAGUUGCCAAAAAGCUUAGCCUGACCUCCACCAGCUCACUGGGCUCCAUUAGCUCCUCUAAUUCCAGCCCUCCAGAGGCAGAGCGGCAUCAAAGCCAAGGGCUCUCCUCAGAAGCAGGAGGAGGAGAACUCACCUGUGACUCUAGGCUGGGACUCGGAGAGAGAAGGGCUUCUUUUGGGAAGGCGGGGCUUGAACCUGGGAUUGGUUUUGGGGAGAGGAGGCAGUCUUUUGGCAAGGCAGGAGUGACACCACCAGGGGGGUUCAGAGAAAGAAGGGGGAGUAUCAGCUCACUGAGCGGAAAAGAGGAAUUAACAGGUUACCACCAAUGGCAAAAAGAGGAGCGACUUCGAGAGCAGGAAGUGGAAAGACUGGAGAGACAGCGGCUCGAGACCAUCUUGUCCCUUUGUUCUGAGCUGGGACGGACUGAAAGGGACGGAGGUGGAACGACUCUGAGCUCUACCUCGGCUGUCACAAACCUUCAGAAGAUCAACCAGGAGCUGGAGAAGCUCCAGCUGAUCGACGACGACGACACGCCGUCCGUUUUCUCAGACUGUUCAGCUGUUAACGGGACAUCAGGAAAAGGUCACAUGACCUGCCCCGGAUUGGAGAAUGACUGCUAUGAUGAUGAUGAGCUGCAGGUACAACGAAGACGAAGCAGUGGACCUAGAGACUACAGAACUGAAUCCCCUGCUGCCAGUCUGCGAAGCUUUGCUCCCUCCCCAUCUCCACGUCCACGGAGGACAAACGAGGCUUUACAGGAUGCAGGUUCGCGCUCAGUGCCGACAGAGGAGGAAGUGAGGCACGUGGAGGAGGAGAGGAUUCAGGCGCUGAACAACAUCGAGGAGCUGGAGCAAAAAAUCAAAGACCUGGACAACCAGAUGGAGGAGUCUGCCCAAGAGGUAGAGGUAGAGCGAGCUUUGGUCGAGGCUGAACAGGACUCUGAAGUUGCUGCUCUCGAGCGAGAAAAAGAGGGUUUGGAAGCACUUCACAAUAAAAUACAACACUUGGAAACAAAGUCCCAGCAGGAAAAAGAAAAGGCGUGUGAGUUGCUGCUGGCAGAAAGGGGCAGAGUAGAGAGGUUGGCUCAGAUUGUGUGUGAGCAGCGCUCCCAGCUGGACAGCUGCCCUGAAGCCACCAAGGAGCCCCUGCAGGAGCAGCUAGCCAGGGACUGUGAAGUGCUUGAGGCAGAAACGAAGCGUUUUGAAGACCUGGAGUUUCAGCAUCUGGAGAGGGAGAGCAGGCAGGACGAGGAAAAGGAGCUGGGAACGCAGCAGCUCCUCCGGGAAGUGGCAGACUACCAACGCAGCACCCUCACUCGCAAGGAGCGGCUGCUCACUCUGAAGAAGCAGGUGGAGCAGAUUACCCAGCAGGCCCAGCAAGAAAAGGAUAGCUUCUUAAAGGAAAGGAGCAACCUUGAAUCCAUGCUGCAAAGAGAGAAAGAAAACCUCGCCACACUGGAGAAAAAAUAUGCCGACCUUACCGGCGGCCGGACUUUUUCCCAGAGGGAGGGCUAUGUCACUGUCAGUGAAAUCACUGAGCUUUACUCACGGCAGGGGCAGGACCCCAAACCUGCCCCUGCCCCCCCGCCUCUGACCAAAGCCCUCCCUGAGUCCCCGGAAGACGACACUCCCAAACCAGAGGACGAUGAGCAUUUCUGUUUGCUGGAGGAGAAGAGGCAGUCUGAGAAAGAUGACGGGUCAAAUCUGAGUGAUACUUUACCCAGGAAGAGAGCCGUUCCUCCUCUGAACCCCCAGUUCAUGUGUGCAACUCUUGGCCGCAGCCUCCAAAACAAGACCCAUCCGCCCUUGGUACAGAGCACAAGCUGCGGCAGCAUUCUUCCCAGAAUUAUCUCUUUGUCCAGCAAAGAGUGCGAAGCUCGACGUCUGCCAAAAGGCCAGUCAGGCUCCAGGGCAGCCUCCCAGACCAACGUUUACCUGGAUGCCUUUGGUUACCGUGACAACCAGGCCUUUGAUACCAUGAGUGUGGACAGCAGCGACUCCAUCGAAACCAGCAUCUCCGCUUACACACCAGACAACGUCUCCAGUGCCAGCACGUCAAAUGUGGCCAGACUGGAGGAGAUGGAGCGUCUGCUGAGGGAAGCGCAGGCUGAGAAGAACCGCCUCCUGGAACACAAGGAGCGAGAAAUGGAAAUACGAAAGCAGGCCCUGGAAGAGGAGAGGAGAAGAAGAGAGGACCUGGAGAAACGGUUACAGGAAGAGACGAGCAGACGCCAGAAACUCAUCGACCGUGAAGUAAAACUGCGGGAAAAACAAAGAUCACAGGCUCGGCCGCUAACUCGCUACCUGCCAGUAAGAAAGGACGACUUUGACCUGCGGGCUCACAUCGAGUCAGCGGGCCACAGCGCGGACACCUGCUUCCACUUAUCCAUCUCUGAAAAGACCUGCCGAGGCUACCUGGUCAAGAUGGGAGGCAAGAUCAAAACCUGGAAGAAACGCUGGUUUGUCUUCGACCGCAACCGACGCACGCUCUCCUACUACUCAGACAAACAUGAAGCCAAGCUGAAAGGUGUGAUUUACUUCCAAGCUAUUGAAGAAGUUUAUUACGAUCAUCUGAAGAGCGCUCAUAAGAGCCCAAACCCCUCCCUGACCUUCAGUGUGAAGACUCAUGACAGGGUGUACUACAUGGUCGCCCCAUCGCCAGAGGCUAUGAGGAUCUGGAUGGAUGUGAUUGUAACGGGAGCCGAAGGGUACAGCCAGUUCAUGGUGUAGGGAAACGCCGCUCCGAUGGACUGAUGCUCUAAUACACUCAAACUGAUCUUAAUUUUAUUGUAUUAUUAGGAAACUGAUGGAAUUGCUCAAAAACAAACAUGUCCGAUGUCUUUUUGUGACUUUAAAUUCCUUUUUCAGCAUCUUAAUUCAUACUUUUAUUUUUUUAACCAAAAUUUUACUCUUGUUUGAGACAAGUCCUAGAUGAAAGAAAGAGGAUAAUAUUUGCUAAUAACAUAUGUGGCCAUUUUUCUACAUGAAUAAUUCUAGAAAUGACAAAAAUAAAGAGAAUAUUUUGGUUUUUAAAUAAUUCUCGCAAUAAAUGACAUUAAAAAUGUAACUUUUAGAUUUCUAAUUACAUCUUUUAUGUGUUCAUGUUUAUUUAGAUGCUCAUCUAUUGCAUCAUGCGAUACUUAAGUGCCUCUUUUCUGUGCCUCACAGAGGUAGAAGCGUGAGUUUAUGCUCAUCUUUUGCAUCAUGCGAUACUUAAGUGCCUCUUUUCUGUGCCUCACAGAGGUAGAAGCGUGAGUUUAUGCUCAUCUUUUGCAUCAUGCGAUACUUAAGUGCCUCUUUUCUGUGCCUCACAGAGGUAGAAGCGUGAGUUUAUGCUCAUCUUUUGCAUUAUGCGAUAUUUAAGUGCCUCUUUUCUGUGCCUCACAGGUAGAAGCGUGAGUUUAUGCUCAUCUUUUGCAUCAUGCGAUACUUAAGUGCCUCUUUUCUGUGCCUCACAGAGGUAGAAGCGUGAGCUUAUGCUCAUCUUUUGCAUCAUGCGAUACUUAAGUGCCUAUUUUCUGUGCCUCACAGAGGUAGAAGCGUGAGUUUAUUUUGUUGCAAUUGAUCACUAUUGUCUUUUUGAAAUCAAUCCAAAGUGCUGGAUUUGUCACCAAAGAACUGUUCAAAUUUAACAACUUUAUCUUAUUGACUUGAGUUACACAAGCACAAAACGAUACUUGUGCAUGUUGUUUCAUUGCUGAAGGUAGUUUUUUAUAAUAUAAUGACAUAAGAUCCAGCUUCAAUAAAAAGUUCGUAAUUUUUGAUGGUGUAUUAGUAUUUUUAUGUGCUUUGGGAGCUUUGCGCUCCAUGCUGAUGAAUUUAUGGUACAUUUAUUUACUGGUAUAAAAAUAAUUGUUUAUUAUGCUGUUUUUAUCCACAAGCUUUCAGUAUGUGGAAUUUAUUACCACUAAUUAAAUGUUUGACUAUUUUACCGUGAGCAAUAAAGCUGUAAAUCAGCUGAUAAAAACAUAUAUUAUCUUGUCUUCUGUGUUAUUUCUAGAUUUUUUUAAAAUAUGUACCAAAAUUUAUGUCCUGGUUAUAUAAUGUAUAUCUGAGUUGAAUAUAAAUGCAAAUCAUUUUUGUUUUUACCAUUUUAUGAAAUUGUUACUGUGGAUGUUUCCCUGAGUUUCUUCUUUGUUUUCAUUUGUUUAUGUUUCUGUAUUUAUGUUAUCAUCAGUGCAUGUAUCUUAAUUUUGUAUUUUCAUAUAUAUAAUAAACGGUAUAUCAUACCUUUUUAUUGUGCAAGUCCUAAAAUGUCAGUUUUGAGCUGAUUGAAGACAUUUUAACCUCACAACAAACUAAUGCCACUAUUAAAGAGCAAGUCACUCCAAAUCAACAUUUUUUUGCUGAUAAACUAUAAAUGAGUGUCUGAUCAUGCUGUAGACAAAUGUAGUCAAUAAUUCGGCACUUUAGUGCAUCUUAGUUCAAAUUUAAAUUUUCUGCCUAAAACUGUCUGCGAUGCACCGUCGUCAGGCAAAAACUCAGCACUGCAUUUGAAUUUAAAUCUGCCAUCGCUAUUGGCUAAAAGGUACCCUAUGAUGUUAUAUGGUACAUUAUGAUGUCACAAUGUCGUGAGUGUGUGUAUUUGUUAGCAACUCCACCCUCUCGGUCUGCUAGGUUACAGCAUUUGUUGCAUUUUUCAAACAGGAAGUGGGAGUUGAGUAAGAAUCUGGUCGGGGGUGACUUGCUCUUUAUACUUGGCACAAAUAAACAGGUUCUUUUCUUAAUCCAACAUGAACAUUUCUUCAUUUUUGUCGUAUUUUUUACACUUUCUUAGGAAGUAGGUUGAUGCCACAAUCUCAGCCGUGUGCAGAGCAAAUCAAAAUUACACUAUAAAGUAAAUAUAUUCUACCUCAUUUAGAUUUCUGGCUGUUUUAUUAAUAGAAUGACAGCUAUAAUAUGUAAAUACACAGUUUAAUUAAGUCAAUGUUCACAUCUUGACUAUUUUUUUAGGAAAUAAAACUUAAGCUUGUUCCAAACAAGUAACUCAUGAUUUAUCAUUUUAUUUUCUUGUGUCUUUGUUUUUCUCUUAAAAUAACUCAUGCUUCACUGUAUUUUUGUGCAUUUAUAUUUUAAAAACAAAACAAACAUAAUUCAUCAUUUGUUUUUUAAUACAGCUCAUGAGAUAACAAACGCUCAGAUUCAGAUUUGGUGGCAUCUUGCGCCUCCACAUGGCAGUAACUGGUAAUGUCAGAUGUAUCACAAACUGUGUGAAAGUAUUACUUUGUCACUUUGAAUAAACUUUUUAAAUUACA